CCGCGUCUCGCCCAUCGUCGACAUGGAUCCCACCGCAUUCAAGGACCUCCAAGUGAAGCGGGGCUACACGUAUCAUUACUACUACUCUCCUGCGUCGGCUGGGAAGCCCACGUUGCUCUUGAUCCACGGCUUCCCCUCGAGUUCUUUCGAUUGGGCUCGCCAGGUAGCGCACUUGAAGCCGAAGGGCUAUGGCAUCGUUGUUCCGGACUGCCUUGGGUACGGCGGGACGUCCAGACCGACGGACCCGAACGCAUUCCGCCACAAACUCAUCGCGCAGGAUCUCGUGGACAUCUUGGACGCCGAAGGCCUAGAGACGGUCAUCGGCAUCGGUCACGAUUGGGGUUCUGGGCUUCUCUCGCGCCUUGCGAACUGGUAUCCGGAUCGUUUCACGGCGUUCGCCUGGAUCGCCGUGCCCUAUACACCCGCAGCGACUGAGCCAAUGGAUUUUGACCAGUUCAUCGUCGGUUUUCGGGAGAAGACGGGCAGCGACACCUAUGGGUAUUGGGCAUUCUUCAUCAAACCUGAUUCGCAUGUCGUUGCGGACAAGAAUAUCGAUAGCUUCCUCACCCUCGUGUAUCCUAAGGAGCCGGAGAUCUGGAAAGACUGGAUAGCGCCUCUCGGCAAAGCAGAAGAAUGGGUCGCCAGUGAUCGUCGAGGUGAACGUCCGGCUUGGUUUUCCGAACAGGAAUACGCGGAGGCUCGCGAAAGAUUCGUGAAGUUUAGUCUAGAGUCGCCCAUGAACUACUAUAGGGUGGUAGUAUUCAACUUGAACAUCGAUGAUAACAAGGCUAUUCCGGAGGAGAACAGGCAGGUCAAGAAGCCUGCACUAUUCGUCGCGUGCAAGCGCGACUACGUUUGCCAUGCGGAGGUUGGCAAGUGGACGAUGAAACGAGCAGUGCCGCAUGCGGAGAUUAUCGAGCUCGAUUGUGGGCAUUGGGCUCUGCUCGAGGAGAGCGACCGGCUUAACCAGGCGCUGGAGCAUUGGCUGGAGAGCCUUCCGUCCGCCAACAAAGCGCAAUUGUAG